AGGUUUGGAGACAAAGUUAGAGAGGUGAGGCUGAAAUAGUUUGGACAUGUGCAGAGGAGGGAUAGCUGGAUGUUGAAGAUGAAGCUGCCAGGAAGGAGGAAAAGACCUCAGAGAUUCAUGGAUGUAGUGAAAAGGAUGUGCAGAGAGCUGCCGAGGUGACCUCUGAAGGGAGAAGCCAGAAGAUCAUUUUCCUAGGGGUGUGCACCCAGCACGUGACAACCUUUAAAAGUCAGAAAAUCUCAGCGUAGAGCUCGGAGACCAAGGGGAGGAUUUUAACAGCCAUUCUCACUUUGAAGUCGUCUUCCUGCUUUGAGGUGAAGAACAAUAAAUAGGGUGAGGCUGUCCACAGAGACUCACAAGAGUAUGAGACAAAGAGGAAGGACACAUUAUGACUGAUCUGCGGUGGAUCUCAGAGCUCCUGUAACUGAUCAGACAAUGAAGGCCUGCCCGGCCUGGAUUCUUAUUUUCUUUCAGCUGUUUGAAGCCAACGCAGAGGUGAUCUUAAAACGUCUGACGGAGGGUCAGGCUGUGGUGAUCUCCUGCUCCCCUUGGCAGGCCCACGGAGGCCUGACGGGCCUCCACCUGUACCACCGCGGCGUCCAGAGCCAGACCACCCUGGUGUCCGUGACAGAGGCCGGUGAGGUCACGGUCGCCCUGGAUCACAGAGCUCGCCUGCAGCUCCGUGGAGGCCUGAGCUCCCUGAAGGUCAACGUGACCAUUUCUCGCUUAGAGCUGAGCGACACAGGGCUGUACAUGUGGGAGCUGAGCUACAGAGACACUAACAGCUCUGAUCAGAUGAUCCUCUGCACUCAGAAGAGCUUCGUGCUAGUUGAGGCGUCAGGGAGGCCGUGCCACUGCUCUCCUGGUUACGCCCCUCUACUCUGGACCAUCUUCACAGCAGCAGGGCUUCUUCUGCUGACCCUCACCUGGCUGGCCAUCCAGAAAUGUGUGUGUUCGAGGUCUCAUCGCAAACCGCAACCUCAUGCUCCAAUCUAUGAGGAAAUGGGCAGGAAGCAGCAGCAGCAGCAGAGCCCCAGAGGCCCCCAGAAUAACCACGAGGUCCCCUUGCACCUGGAGGAAGUCAACUUCCCCGUGUACGCUAACCCAAACAUCCGACAGCUUCAGGACAACUACUACGCCUGUCCCAGACAGCUCAAACUGAGAGACUGACACCAUCGGGCCAACGGUGCUGCGAGCAGUCACAGGAAGUAACACAGAGGCAUUUGCAGAAAUACAAGCGCUGCGCUCUGAUGGUGAUUUGCAUCCAGGAUAAAAAAAGAUGAAGAAAAAACAACCCGAGAGCACGAACCUCCACCGAGGCGACUCACUCUCUGAGCAGUAUUCACUUUUAAAAUUGUAUUUUGUACACAUGCAUUUUGUAUUCACAGCUUCUCCUACAAAUGAAGACCUCCCCCAUGACCAGUCACACUACACCAGUGUAAUUAAGUAAUAUAUAAACAAUUACAUGACUGAAAGUAACAGUUUUUUCACAAUCUACUCUUCCACUUCCAGUAUUUCUUCAUUAUGGAGAAAAACUCAGAUGUUCUGCUGAAAGUGCACUUUUUCUUACAUCUGAGAGAUUCAGUGUGUGGUUAAACUUCUUCACACUGACAGAAAUGAGUUUAAGAUUUACACGAUACCUUCUGUAUGCUGACAAAACACCACAAUUCUAAGAAUCAUACUGAGUUAGAAGGCUUUUGGUCAAUUUUCGAUCAAUAAAUCAUUGAGUCGACCUUUAAGACCUCGAUGGACUGUUAACCCGACCCCGCUCUACACCCUUACAGAGUUUCAUGAGAGUUAAUUCAAAAUUCUUCGAGCUAUCGUGUUUCCAGACAGAACGACACACACAAUAAAUGAGGAGGAGGGGACGGCUUUAACAGCCAAGAAACAAAAAAAAUGCUAUUUUUAUUAAUAUUUGAAAGAAGCUCCAUAGUUCAUGAAAACAUUUGUUUCGGUGCAUGUCAUUUAACAAUCACAUUCUAUGAGGAGAAAGAGAUAUACAGAGAGAAAAACAAAAUAAAAACAAAACAUUACAAGCCACUGACUUCUCAUUAACUCUCAGUACAGACAUUUUUACUUAAUAUUUCAAACAAAAGAAGAAAAAAAAAGCAGCCCUAAUCCCAUAACUUUCCCACCCGCCCUCUGUAAAACCUUAACUGAGGAGAAAAACAAACAAAAACAACAACAACAACAAAAAAAACCCUUGGAGGGCGACAGGCUAGAAUCCCACAGUGCUAAAGAGUGAGACGCUCAUUGGUUUUUAGGAAUACACAGCAUGGUGAUGUA